CCGAACCUCGGCGAACAUAUUCUUGCCAAUUUUGGUCUCUUCUUGCUAUAUAAUAAUGUCAGCACACUCUAGCACGACGACUCUCACCCCCAAGGCGGCCAGCGCCAGCCCUAGCAGCACCGGUGUAGCGACCGCGUCGCCCGCUCGCAAAGCUGAGCCUACCAUCUUCACUUGGGACCUCGCUCCGUACGACUCUCCAUCUGCCCCUUUGAGCGCGAUGAUUUGGCGUUGCCGAAUUUGGUUUGAAGCCACAUUCGUGUUUACCAUGUUGGAGCCAUGGGAGAAGGCUUUUCUCAUGACCCUCUUCACGAUCAUCACGAGCCUGUUCGUCAUUGGCGUGUACAAGUACCUCCCGUACCACCUCCAGUUCCUCUACCAACGCGGCAUGUACUAUCUCCUCGGAAGGCAAGAGCAGCUGGAUUGGACACCCUUGCAUCGCGCCGUGGGCACGCUCAAGACGACCAUUGGGAUGGACAAGAUAGGAUUAUAGAGAGUGCUAAGGAGGAUGUGUUCAUUCCGCUCUCUGUUUCGGAUUAUUGUUAUACCCGUGUCUUAGAUCCGCCCUUCGUUGUGUUUUAUGUUAUAAUACUACUGAGUUCGGGCGUCAUAAUAAUGAC